AUGUUGAACUCUCGAGUUCGUCGUGGGUUUUCAUCAGCCAGUGGUAGUGGUACGAUUCGAUCGCAUACAACUGCAGAAACACCCAUUCCAUCGUUAAUGGCACAGCAAUCAGCCAGUGGUAGUGGUAUGAUGCGAUCACAUACAACUGUUGAAAUACCCAUUCCAUCGUUAACGGCGCAGCCAUCAGCUGAUUCAACUCGUCCACCACCUAAUCCUAACGUUGAUCGAAGUCAACAAAAUUUGCUUACUCCAUCGAAUUCAGGUGUUGUUAGACAUCAUGGAAAUAGAAGUCGAGGAUUUGGAAGCAGAGGUGCAGCAAGAACAAUAAAUUCAAAUGAUCAUCGUCGGUACUCUAAUGGGAAUAAUGAUAUUAAUAAUAAUCAGAGGGGUAAUAAUCGUCGUUCAUUUAUAAGAUCUGGUUCGGCUGUUUCUGUUACUGCUGCUGCUGCUGCUAUUGUUGAUUCAGCAACUGAAAAUAGAUCUACUAAAACAUAUACACAGCCUCAUAUUAAAUAUGAUACAUUGAUAAAAUUACUUGAUAAACAACAAGAUGAAAUUCUUGCUGAAAUGCUUCGCCCUAAUUUUCAAUUCAAAAGAUUUCUACACGAUAAUCGUAUGCGAAAUAAUUUUAGUUGGAUAUCAGCAAUGACAAAAUUACUUGAACAAAUAAUAAAAUGUAUAGGAUCACGUGAGCGUAUCGUAAUGAUUUUACAACAACUGCCGAAAACAUCCUAUAUCGAGGGUGUUUAUAAUGAAGUUCGUCAACUUGAUGCACUUACUGAUGAUUUACGUUAUGAUUUUAUUCAAUCAUUUCUUAAAAUAUCAAUUGCAUUUCUUUCUAUGAUACCACAUUCAGCUGAUGAUUUAACAAAAAUAUUCGAACGUAUUGAACUAUUAUUUACUAAAACAAAAUCAAACUCACCUCAAUUGGAAGAAACGAAAACAAUACUUGCUGAUGUGCUUGAACUUGUCAAUGAUGUUGAUCGUAGAAAAUGCUACCGUCAACAAUCAGUUACAAUAACAAAAAAUACUACUGAUUCAACUACUACGAAUCAGCGUUCUGUAGAACAUAAUGAGGAUCCACCACCAGAUGAUUAUCGCCAAUUACAAAUUGUACCUGAUGUUAAUGAAAUUUUAUCAGAAAAAAAGACAUAUCUUCGAAAAAAUAUCAUCAAUGGUGUUUAUGAAAGUCCUCAACAUUAUCUUGACAUUCAUUUUCGGCUUUUACGCGAAGAUUUCGUUGGCCCUUUACGUGAUGGUAUUGAGCAACAUCUAUCUAAUGCAUCGGGUAAAAAUUUUAAUGUACGAGUUUAUGAAAAUGUGCAUUGCCUUGGUCCACGGCUAAGUCCACGAAAUGGUAUUGUUUAUGAUUUAUAUUUGGAUCCUAAAAUGGCAUCAAAAAUUGCUUGGGCAAAUAGUCGACGAUUAAUAUUCGGCAAUCUACUUGUUCUUACGAAUGAUCAAUUUCAUUCAUGUGUAUUUGUUACUGUUGAAGAUCGAAUAAAACUUGAAAAAGAAUAUACUAUAUCGGUAAAGGCAUUGGAAAAAUUUAAUAUGAAUGAACAACUGCAAAUCGAUCUCGACGAUAUUGAUUUUUCUCAAACAUUAACAAUGAUUGAAACAACGACAUAUUUCGAAGCUUAUCGUCCAGUGCUUCGUGCAUUACAAUCAAUCAAUAUUGAUGAACCAUUUCCUCUGGCUCCAUUUCUUCUUAAAUUAACUAAUGAAAAAAUACCACCUGACUAUGUAAAACCAUCUACAACCUAUGAUUUUACUCCGCUUCUCGUUGAUCCUAAUUCAGACGUGAAAACAACCAUUAUUCGCCCAGACGUGUCAAGGCGUGGUUUAAGGGGCCGAGUACCUGAUCGAACAGAUACCGGCAAAGAAUUUCAAAUUACUUAUAGAGAAUCUAAUCGUGUAGCAGCCAAAUUUAGAGCUGUUCCAUUACUUGAUGUAAAUAAAUGGCCAACAAGUGAUGAAUUACAUCUUAAUCCAAAACAACGAGAAGCUUUGAUUCUAGCUUUGACACAAAAAGUAGCACUUAUUCAAGGACCGCCAGGAACUGGAAAAACAUUUCUUGGUGUAAGAAUAACUGAAAUGCUUUUACAUAAUCGCUCGAUGUGGUGUCCACCAACUGAACAAUCAACGCCGAUUCUAAUGAUAUGUCAUACAAACCAUGCACUUGAUCAAUUUUUGGAAUUAAUCUUAAAACGUCUCAAGAUAAAAGAAGGUGUUAUUCGUGUCGGUAAUCGGUGUCAAAAUCCGGUCAUUCAACCAUUUUCAUUACUCAAUGCUCGUAAAUACGUUCGCGAAAAUCGCUCAAUACCCAGUUAUAUUUAUCAUCAAAAACAUGCUAUCUUCGAUAAAAAGGCUCAAGCUGAAGAAACAUUAAAAAUGCAUGAAGCUAUAAUGGAGCAAUCGCGAACAAAUAUUAUUCCACUUUCAUCACUUAUGCGCUUCGAUCUUAUUGAUGAUGAACAUUUUUCAUCAUUAUUACUUCCACAUAAUGGUAUACUUGUGGAAACAGCAUUGUCAGAUUGGCUUGGUAUUACUUAUGGAAACGAAGAGAUGCCUGGCGAUCCAAUUAAUUUAGUAGAACUUGAAACAUACAUGUCCGAUAUGAAUAUCAAUGACAAAAAAGAACAAGAAGAUGAAGUAGAAAAGGAAGAAAAAGUUAAUGACAACGAACAAGAAGAAAAAAAUGAUUGUACUAAAGAAGAAAAAAACGAUGAUGAAGAAAUUAAUGAAGAAGAAGAGGAAGAACAACGUCGACGAGAUGAACUGGAGAUUGAUGACAGCAAUUUUAUUAGAAUUACUACCCAAACAUCAACAACUACAAAAUCGACAUCAAUAAAAGAACCAAAAGUAUCGACAAAUGAGGAUACUGAAGAUAAAUGGAGUGUUGUACAACGAAAACCUUAUUACCGUCGUCGAUUAAUAAAAUAUAUUAUUCAAAAUCCGACAACAUUAGAUGAUCAAACAGUAAAACAAAUAGGCAGUGAUCUUUGGCAACUUCAGAUGUUGGAACGUUAUGAUCUAUAUCGUUAUUGGCUAUUGAAAUAUCAACAAUAUUUGCAUUAUUCUGUGCGGGAAGCAAGACAUGCGUACAAUCAAGCAGCGUCUGCACUUGCUGAAUAUUAUCAAGAAGAAGAUUAUUAUAUAUUGAAAGAUAGUAUUAUUGUUGCGAUGACAACAACAUGUGCAGCUAAAUACCAUGAUGUAUUAGAAAAACUUCAAAGUAAAAUUGUUAUUGUUGAAGAGGCAGCUGCAAUUUUCGAAGCACAUAUUAUUACGGCAUUAAGUACAAAAUGUGAACAUUUAAUUUUAAUUGGUGAUCAUGUACAAUUAAGACCUAGUCCAAGUGUAUAUAAACUUGCACAUAAAUAUCAAAUGGAUGUAUCUUUAUUCGAACGUUUUAUUAAAAAUAAUUUUCCAAAUGUUCGCUUGAAUAUGCAGCAUCGUAUGCGCCCAGAAAUUGCCCGUCUUAUGAAACAUUUCUACGAUGAUUUGGACGAUCAUAUAAGUGUGAAAACAGACCGACCAGCAGUUCGUGGCAUAAAUAAUAACGUCUUUUUCAUAAAUCAUUCGAAUAUGGAAACAACUGUCGCUGAUGGAAGUUCAAAACGAAAUGAAUUCGAAGCAAAAUAUGUUAUUGCAUUAGCAACAUAUUUGAGAAAACAAAGUUAUGAACCGCAUCAAAUAACUAUACUUGUUAUGUAUCUUGGUCAACGACAAUAUAUUGCUCGAGAAACAAAAAAAAAUAAACUUUUAAAUGGUGUUCAUGUUAUGGUAACAGAUAAUUAUCAAGGUGAAGAAAGUGAUAUAAUUAUUUUAUCGUUAGUACGUAGUAAUAACGAUAAACAGAUAGGUUUUCUUAAAAUACAUAAUCGAAUAUGUGUGGCUUUAUCACGUGCACGUUGUGGCCUUUUCGUUAUUGGUUUACAACUUUCUUGUCGUCAGCAUUCAAAAGAACCAUUUGUAGCUGAUACGCCAGAAUCAUUUUUAAAACGUCCAGAAGGUGGUUGCGAUAAACCUUGUGAUACUCGACUUAAGUGUGGACAUCAAUGUGAAUUAAUGUGUCACAAUUAUGAUUUCGAGCAUAAAGAAAUCCUUUGUCGUAAAAAAUGUAAUGAUGCUUUAUCAUGUGGUCAUUUAUGUACUAAACGAUGCCAUGCUACUACACCAACCCAACAUGAUCCGUGCCGAGUUAUGAUUGAUAAAAUCAUUAAAACAUGUGGCCAUAAAAUACGUUUUCAAUGUGCACGAGAACCAACUAAUGCUGAUUGUCGAUAUCCAAUUCAAAAAUGUCUUCCUUGUGGUGACUUUGUCGAUGUUCCAUGUUGUAUUGCUUCAUCGUUGUCUGAAUUACAACGAUUUCCUUGUCCAAAACCUUGUAAUACAAUGCUAACUUGUAAACAUAAAUGCGUUGGAACAUGUGGAAAAUGCCAAAAUGGUCGAUUGCAUAUCUCAUGUGAAUAUAAAUGUGAACGUCCAUUGAUUUGUUCACACGUUUGCAAAGCACCUUGUACGACAAAUUGUCCACCUUGUUUAAGUUUGUGUGAAACACGUUGUAUUCAUUCUAAAUGCAAAAAGAGAUGUGGUGAACUAUGUAUACCAUGCAAAGAGCCAUGUGCUUAUAAAUGUAAACAUCUUCAAUGUACUCGUAUAUGUUCCGAACCAUGCAAUCGCGGUCCAUGUAAUGAACCUUGUGAUCAAAAAUUAAAAUGUGGCCAUGAUUGUAUUGGCCUGUGCGGUGAACCAUGUCCUCGACAAUGUCGUAUUUGUAAUAAGCAUAUUGUACAAGAAAUAUUAUUCGGUACAGAAGAUGAACCUGAUGCACGUUUUGUUUUCUUACCUGAUUGCAAACAUUUAAUUGAAGUGACAUCACUCGAUAAAUUCAUUGAAACUACAUUCAAUAAUCAAAGUGAAGAUACAGCUUUACGUUUUCCUGAAUGUCCUCGAUGUAAACACAAUAUUCGUCGUUGUACAAGAUACAUGCGAAUUUCUAAUCGAGUACAUAAUUUAAUUGCACAAGUUAAAACAAAAAUCUUGGGUACUCGAUCGGAAAAAGAUCUAAAUAACAAACGACAGCUUCUAAUAAAAGAAUUUGAACGAACUGAUUCGAAUUUGAAAGAGAUCAGUCUUGGCAACAAAAAAGCUUUGUUUAAUGGAUUGUAUGAUCCAGAUAAUUAUUUUACAGAUGAUAUAUUAAUUCUUAUGACUAAUACUCUUUCAUUUCUGAAUGAGAUCGAUAAACUUUUAAUUGAUGGACGAAAGAAAUUACAAAUGAAUAUAUUCGAUGAUUUAGUUCGUUUACCUUUGAAUCAUAUUGUUAAAUAUUUAUUUGCACAUCCACCAUAUCGAAAUUUUGCUGAGCAGCAAAUAAAUGAUAUUGAAGCUGAACUACUACGCAUCAAUCGAUUAAUUUUCAUUGAAACUCUUUUACAUUCAUUAAAACAACAAAUUCCACCUCAAAAGCUGAAUCCAGCCGAUCAAGAAGGCCUUGAUUCAAUGAAAUAUCUUGUCAAGAAAACAAGCCCGUUUACUUCAUUAGAUAAACAAAAAUUCGAUAGUCAAGCUAAAAAAUUAGAACAUUUAUGUAAUUUAUCUGGUUUAGGUAUAACAGAACGUGAACGGGUUUCAAUUGUUGCUGCAUUAAAUUUAACUAAAGGCCAUUGGUAUGUUUGCCCCAAAGGUCAUCCAUAUGUGAUUACUGAAUGUGGCGGUGCUAAUCAAGAAAGUCUCUGUCCAGAAUGUGGUGAAAAAAUCGGUGGUCAAAAUCAUCGGCUAGUAUCAACGAAUCGUCAUUUUGGGUUGAUGGAUGAUUCACAACAUGCGGCUUGGUCAGACGAAGCUAAUUUGAAUAUGAUAUAA